AUGCCCCUCAACGUCCUCAUCGUGGGUGCCGGCGUCUGCGGCCCAGCUCUCGCAAUUCUUCUCCAAAAGUCUAAUCCCAAACACAACAUCACGGUCGUCGAGCGUUCUCCCUCUUUGCGGUCGAUAGGACAGCAAAUUGACCUCAAGACUCAAGCUCCUCAUAUACUGAGAAAGAUGGGCCUCCUGGACGAAGUCAAGUCACGCUGUGUUAACGAGACUGGUUUUGAAAUGGUGGAUUCCACGGGAAAGCAAAUUGCUUUGUUUGGUGCUGCUGCCUCCGGUCAACGUCGUCCCGGGUUGACAAGCGAGCACGAGAUCAUGCGUGGUGAUUUGGUGCGAGUGCUAUAUGAUGCCAGUAUCAAGCAAGAUGCAGAGCUAAAGCACGAGUCGGGAAAUGAGAAGGGAGUGACAUAUGUAUUCGACAAAACGAUCACAGCCCUCGACGAGACCACGGAAAGUGUCGAUGUCACUUUCUCUGGUGGGCAGAAAAAACGAUAUGACCUCGUUGUUGCUGCCGACGGACAAGGUUCACGCACCAGACGUCUCGCCUUUGGCCAGGAGGUUAGCGAUGCAGCUUUUAAGUCCCUCGGCGUCCACGCUGCCUACUACAGCAUCCCACGAAUUGAAGGCGAAGGAUCUCUCGCAAGGGGCCACUUGGCUCCGGAAAGAAGAAUGAUGAUAACCAGAACGAGUGAUCGUCCAGUCACCGGGGUGUUACUCUUCACCAUGAAAGAAUCGUCCAGGCUAAAAGCAUCUUACCAGAAGUCGUUAGAGGAACAGAAAGAAGCUUUUGCCGAGAUGUUCAGGGAUGCCGACUGGCAGACUGAUCGAUUGCUCACUGGAUUGAAGGCUUCUGAGGACUUUUAUGCCAAUGAGGUUGGACAAAUCAAGAUGAAACAGCUGUCUGCUGGCCGAGUCGUUCUCCUUGGAGAUGCGGGUUACUGCCCCAGUCCUUUUACGGGCUUGGGAACCAAUCUUUGCCUUGUUGGGGCGUAUGUCCUUGCAGGAGAAUUGGCGCGGCGGGGCAAUGACAUCGCGGGGGCACUCAAAUCUUAUGAAGAGAAGAUGCGACCCUUUAUAAAUGAUUGUCAGCGAUUCUCAUCUACAACCUUCGGCUUCUUCUUUCCAUCUUCGCAGCUCGGAGUUUGGUCUAUGCAAAGAGUGAUGUGGGCAGUGUCUAAAAUCAAUGACAUCUUUCCCCAUUCCCAACAAGACGACUAUUGGAAGGAUAUCCCGGAGUAUCCCGAAUUGAAUCUCACAUCUUGA